AUGGUAGUAAAUCUGAAUAAGUGUGCCACUCAAACUUUCUCACUAAUGCAUCGACCUAUUAUACCAAAUCUCUCUUUUUCUGGCACUAUGCUUGAAAAUGUUGAUUCCUUCACUUAUCUCGGAACCGUUUUUGAUUCUAAACUGAGCUGGAGGAACCAUGUUGCAUUUGUUGCCGAACGGGUAAUAAGACGCCUCCCUAUUUUAAAACGACUUGCCGGCACUCUCUGGGGAUGUGCCCGGUCUACCCUUGCUCUGACUUAUCAAAAAUACAUCCUUCCAAUUUUUACUUACUGCUCUGAACCACUCAUCUCUAUGCCUACAUCCCUACUUCAAAAGCUUGAGGUCUUACAAAACCAGGCCCUUAGACUAAUAACAGGUGCUGUAAAAACUACACCUAUAGACGCAAUGACCUUGCUCACAGGCAUUAAACCUUUGGAUGUUGUCUUUAGGGAAAGGGCUGUCUUACUAUACUUUAAACUUACCCAAAUGGAUAAUUUCUGGACUAACUAUCAACUUACUCCUCGUAAUUUAAAAACUCAAAAUGGAUUUAUUCAGACUGUCAAAGAUCAAUUGGUUGGGAUCGAUCUGCCCCAACUAGAAGGUCAGGUGGAACUGGUGAGCCCUCUUGACUACCAAAAAAUUAAUGUCAGGCUCUCUCUUGAACAGGACAUUGUUAAAAGUGAAACAUCUACCGCUGCUCUCCACCUUCUUGCGCUGGAGACAAUGGGAAUCCGUUACCCGGAACCGCUCUGGCUGAGAGUUUUUACAGAUGGCUCUUUCCAUCCGGAUCAACCAAAUGCUGGAGCUGGUAUCUCUUGUAAUCUCUUCUCCUUUGGUGCUCCAGUGGGUGCCAAUAGAUCUGCUUUUGACGGGGAAGUUGUUGCAAUCCGUAUUGCUCUUGAACAGCUUUUUUGUUUUAUUGAGUCUUUUUCAAAUGUGGUUAUCCUUUCAGACUCGAAGGCGGCGCUUUGCUCGAUUGAAUCUAUGCAUUGCCCUUCCAAUUGCGACGUUCUAAAAUGUCAGGAUGCGAUACGCAAACUCCACCAUUUUGGCAAAACUGUAGCCCUACAAUGGAUUCCCGGGCAUUGUGAUAUUGCAGGAAAUGAGAGGGCUGAUGUUUUGGCAAAGAGAGGCACAAGAAUUCUCCAGGCUCUUAGUAGCCCAGUCCCCUUUUCAGCUUUAAAAAGGAUUAUUAGAUCAAAAAUCCAUGGGGAUUUCCACCAACAAUUGUCAGAAAGGGUAAAAACCAAAGUGUGGAGAGAUCUUCGACAGAACACCAUUCCAGACUGGCCGCGCCGCGAAGCGGUGGCUCAGUUUCGACUACAUACCGGACAUGACUGCCUUGCCGCGCACCUGUUUCGUUUAGGGCUGGCACCUGAUCCCUAUUGUUCUCUAUGCAUGAGCCAAGCUGUUUUGGAUGGCAGCCACAUCCUGUGCUGCAGGGCCCUCCGCGGGUCGUCGUCUACCGAGCGAUAUUGGGAAGCAAGAGCGCUCCUAUGGAAAUGA